GCCGAGUACGACCUUGUCUCACAUUCAAAAGAUGACCUUGACUGGGUGUUUGUAUAGUGUGGAGUCCCCUUAUGUGCAUUCUCUGUUGACCAAUAAACUUACGGAAUAUUGUGAUGGAUGCCUUAAAACCUCUUCAAGUCUAUUUUCUUGUUCAUCGUGCAAAAUGAUGAGGUAUUGUAACCGCACAUGUCAACGUCGCAUGUGGAAUGCGCAUAAACUGGAAUGUAAGCAGUACGUUAAGUGUGGGCGCUUACCUAUUGCUCACGUUCGUCUAAUUCUAAGGAUCAUGAGUGUUCAGGUUUGUUCCAUUAAAUGUCUCUAUAUGUUUAGAAUGAACUGAACGACAAUAUCAGUUCCCUUGUCUCACGUACGUGAGUACAAUUUUAUAAGCAUUCGUUUCUCUUGCAGAUGAGAAAGAAAUACUUGCAGAUAUUAAUCUAAUGGAAAUGUACCACACUUUUAGAAUGACUCUUUUCGAGUUUUCAGAAGGUAAAUUACCUCUAAGUGAAGAAGCUAUUUUUCAAUUAUUUUGCAGAAUUAAGAUAAAUAGUUUCAUGAUUACCGAUACUGAUGGCGCAGAUGUUGGGCUCGCACUCUACCUUAGAGCUGCGCGCUUGGACCAUUCUUGUAUUCCAGAUUUACAGUACAUAUUUUGUGAUCAAAAGAUUGUUAUGUGCAGGUACUCCACAUCUUCAAUAUCAAUUGAGCCUCGUAUCAAUUAUUAUGAUUGUAUGACAACGACUGAAGAAAGACAAACUAAUCUAAUGAAGAAUUAUUACUUUAAAUGUGAUUGCAGUCUGUGUCUUGAUACUGAUCGCGAGAAAAGGAUCACCUCGCUUAAAUGUUGUUCACCUGAAUGUUUAAGUGAACCAAUACCAUUUGAAAAACUGCCUUCUUCAGUAAAAGUGAAAGAUGGAAGUGAAGAUAGUUUAGUCAGACCAGUUAUUGUGCGCUACUGUCCAGAAUGUUUAGAAAUCUAUGACAAUGAAGUAAUAAGCCAAGUUGCAAGUUGUUUGUAUGGUAAAACUAAAGUUUGUCCUGACGUUGAUACCGCUUUGGACGCCAUAAUCAUGUAUGCUCGAUGUUGUCAAAUUAAUAAAUCUCUACAAAAUAUUCAAUUGACAUCUGUUCAAGACAAAGAAUGUCAUCAUCGAUAUUAUAAAUUAUUUGGUCAUCAAGACAGUUUGUAUUUAGCACGAUGUUGUUCUCGCGUUCAGUGUAUAACUACAAUGUCAAUGGAUUUAACAUUGAACAGCUUAAAUAAGCGUAAUCAUCACUAUCGUAAUGAACGAAAGCUUGCAAUGUCUAAAGAUACUUUUGUAAACGUUAUAAUCGCUUGUAGUCUAACUGAAUUCUAUUGGAGGUUGACUUGGUUACCGUCAGAUUGUUUACAACUUGGUCAAUUAGUGUAUUCUGUUGCUUCUUUUUUAUUAUGUCAUAUAGACGAUGUGAAUGAAUUUCACAACUGUAGACGAAUGGAUGAAAUUAAAAGUUUUCUAUUAUGUAACUAUGACAACAACAAGGAGAAUAUGUUUAGUAAAAUGAAUUGUCUAGGUCAUGUGUUGUGUAAAUUUUCCAAGAUUGCAUGUGAUGUACUCAGUCCAUUCGCUGAAUAUCGUUCAGAUUGGCAACAAGGUUUUAGCAUACUAGAACAUUAUAAAGCUCAAGAUAUAUUGACUGAUAGAGAUAGUGAUGAUGUCAUAGAUAAUCGCUUACAAUUGACAUGAUUUCAGUACUUUUAUUGUAGUCAUCUUGUUUCUCUACAUAAAAAUAAAUGAAAUUUGUGUACAGAUAGUAAAUACACUAUACUGAUGAUAUUGUUACUUUGUUUACUCAUUAUUAUAACACUUUCUGAUUAAAUUUGUAUUU